GAUAAGACUUGACGCAAGGACUGACUGUGGAUAAGAACAGUAAUUUACAACUUGACAGUAAAUGAAACUGUAAGUGUUGGGAGGAGUCUCUGUGGUUUUAUUUACUGUACAGGAAGAAAAGAUGCCUCUGACCCUACCCCCAAGGAACAACUUUUAGACAAACACAGAGGGAAGCGAGCAGAUCAUAUCAAUGUACUGUACAGUUGGACACAUUUGACAACUAACCAGUGGGUCUAACGAUAGACAGUGGAAGUGCUACUGCAAGCAUUUUUUUCUCAUAAAACAACGGCCUUACAAGCCUCUCUGCAGCCUGGGCCAUUUUGAAGGCACUUAUUUCGCAGUGUCACCGAUAUUGUGGAGAAGAUGGUGGGGACCUGCUUAAACCAAGGAGCCUACUAAAUAUCCAGAGUGGAAUCUGCUGGGAUGGAAAUGAGUGAAUGGAGCUGGAGGGCACGUGAGACUGGGCAUCAGUCCAGCUGUUCAGUGUGUGGCCAGGGACUGGCAAACCCAGUCUCUUUGAACUGUGGACACAGAGCGUGCCAACAGUGUGUCAGCUUCCAUUGGGACCAGCCUGGUCCACCAGGGGAUCCUGGAUGCCCCCGGUGUGGAAAGAGAUCCAGAACACACCCUGAACCGAAUCUACAUCUGCAAAAUCUUGAAGACCAGCAUGAAAAGAAACAUGGAGCAGCUUCAGUCCCUAACUCCAUUAGUGCCCGGGAUGGAGGCACCGUCAUUGCACCAUUUAUCUAUAACUCCACAGUGAGGGACAUCGUCAUCACUUUGCCAAAAACAGAAGCACCACAAAGCAGUUCCACUCAAAAAUUGAAUGAUAUUCAGAAGACAUAUAAAACCAGCCUGAGGAAGAAGUUUGGAUUUGUGUUAGAAGGCUCUGCAGUCGAUCGAACGGCUCUUGAUAAGAUUUACACCCAGCUCUACAUCACUCAGGGCGAGAGUGAAGGGGUUAAUAAAGAACAUGAGGUUCGGAGGAUUGAAUACACGUCCAGGAGAAAAGCAUCACUAGACACUCCUAUUGACUGCAAUGACAUUUUCGAACCCUCACGUGGAGAAGAUGAACACAUCAGAACUGUGCUGACCACAGGCAUCGCUGGAAUCGGAAAGACCGUCUCCGUGAAGAAAUUCAUUGUGGACUGGGCAGAAGGCCGAGCCAAUCCAGAUGUAGACUUCAUCUUUGUGCUUCCUUUCCGGGAGUUAAAUCUUAUUAAAAACCAAUGCAGUCUUCAUGGUCUUUUAAAUGGUUUUCACCCUGAACUUUCAGAAAUUAAAGAUGCAAAGCAGUAUACUGCCUGUAAGGUUCUAUUCAUCUUCGAUGGUCUGGAUGAAAGCCGACUUCCUUUGGAUUUCCAAAAUAACCAGACCCUUUUGGAUAUCACACACACGUCAUUGGUAGACGAGUUGCUGACUAACCUUAUCAAAGGGAACCUGUUUCCCAAAGCACACGUCUGGAUAACUUCGAGACCAGCAGCAGCCAGUAAGAUCCCCCGUGACAUGGUCUGUCUAACGACAGAAAUACGAGGGUUCACUGACACACAAAGAGAAGAAUACUUUAAGAAGAGGUUCGGUGAAGAGAAACUAGCCAACAAAAUAAUCUCACAUGUGAAGACCUCACGGAGCCUUCAUAUCAUGUGCCACAUACCAGUCUUUUGUUGGAUCACUGCAAAGGUUCUGGAGAACGUGUAUCGGGAGCAAAGAUAUGAGAGUGGAGAGAUCCUUACUACUCUGACGGAGAUGUAUGCUCGCCUCACUGUCAUUCAGGUUAACAUAGCAAAUGAAAAGUAUCAUGGCACAAACGAAAGAGAUAAAAGGAAAAUCUUGGAAAGAAAUAGAGUCUUAAUUUUGAACCUAGCACAAUUGGCAUUUGAACAACUGCAAGAAGGCAAUAUCAUAUUUGAUGAGGAAGACCUGGGAAACUGUGGUAUUAAUGUCAGUGAAGACUCAACAUACUCUGAGUUUUGCACAGAAUUCCUUAAAGAGGAGUGUGGGUUGUACAGAAAGGUCUACUGCUUUGUGCACUUGACAUUUCAGGAGUUCCUUGCUGCACUGUAUGUCUUUCACUGCUGUGUGAGCAACAACAUCAAGGCCCUGGAGUCUUUCCUAGAUAAUGUGUCUGCAGAGCUUCCCCUCCAUGAGUUGCUGAAGAUGAUUGUGGAUAAAGCCUCGGAGAGUGAAAAUGGACAUCUGGACCUCUUCUUGCGCUUCCUUGUUGGCAUCUCAUUGGAAUCCAAUCAGAGACUGUUGCAAGGCAUACUGCCAAAAACAAAGAUCAGCUCAAAGACUAUUGAGGAGAUUAGGCAAUAUCUCAAGAAUCCUGGUUCCCAUAAUAUCUCACCUAGAGGCUACAUCAACCUUUUCCUCUGUUUGACUGAGAUGAAGGACAAUUCGGUUCAGGAGGAUGUUCAUAAGUUACUUAAAUCCGAAGAAGAGCUGUCGCCUGCUGACUGCUCAGCCCUGGCCUAUGUGCUUCUGAUGUCGGAGGAGGUCCUGGAUGAGUUUAACCUGAUGAGAUAUAACACAUCAGAGGAGGGGCAUGACAGACUAGUGCCAGCAGUGAAAAACUGCAGAAAGGCAGUACUGACUGGCUACACACUCUCGAAUCAGGUCAGUGACACACUGGCAUCUGUUCUCCAAUCUGCAUAUUCACCACUGAGGGACUUGGACCUGACGAACAGUGAGCUGUAUGAUGAUGGAGAGGUCAUACUCUUUGUUGGAUUGGAGCAGCCUCACUGCAAACUAGAGACACUGAGACUUGCUGGUUGUGGCCUCACUGGGGAGUCUUGUGAAAUACUGGUCUCUCUUAAGUUAUCCCUUAUUGAGUUGGACCUGAGUUACAACAGACUGCAUGAUUAUGGAAUGAAGCUGCUGGCUGCGGGAUUGAUGAGCCCACACUGGAAACUGGAGAAACUGAGGCUGAAUCGGUGUUGUCUGACAGCGGACUGCUGUGAAGAAUUGGCCUCGGCUCUCAGUUCAACCUCCUCUCAUCUGAGAGAGCUGGACCUGAGUCACAAUGACCUGCAGGAUUCAGGAGUGAAGCGGCUCUCUGAUGGAUUAGGGAAUCAAAACUGUAGACUAGAAAAACUGAGGCUGUCAUUAUGUAAAGUCACAGAGGAAGGCUGUGCUGAUCUAGCUUCAGCACUGAGUUCAAAUCCCUCCUAUCUGAAAGAGCUUGACCUGAGCUUCAAUCACCCUGGAGACUUAGGAGUGAAGCUGCUCUCUGCUAAACUGGAGAGUACCCAAUGUAUAGUCAGUCUGGACCAUAAUGAAAUAAUCUGGGUUGAACCACAGCUGCUUAAGAAAUAUGUUAUUCAACCCACACUAAACCUGAACACAGUGAGCAGAUCCCUAUCUCUGUCUCAAGAAAACAGACAGGUGACAGGGGUUCAACAGCAGCAGCAGUAUCCCGAUCACCCAGAGAGGUUUGACUGUCCACAGGCGCUGUGUACAGAGGGUCUGACUGGGCGCCAUUACUGGGAGGCCGAGGGCCGUGGCCACCUGACUGUCAUAGGAGUGGCAUAUGAAGGAAUCAGCAGAAAGGGACACGGACGUGUCAGUAAGCUUGGAUGCAAUGACGCUUCCUGGUGUCUUGCUUCUUCCAAACACCAUUACUCUGCCGACUACAAUAAUAAAACCACUAAAAUAAUCGUGCCCCCAAAACUUGCUAUGCAAAAUAAGAGGAUAGGUGUGUUUUUGGAUUGUUCUGCUGGAACUGUCUCCUUCUAUGAGGCCUCCACCCAACCUCUGACCCACCUGUACACGUUCUGCACCCAGUUCACCGAGCCACUCUAUCCGGUGUUUGGAAUAGAGACGGCAAACUCCUCCAUUUCUUUUGGAGUUGCGACUAAUCCUGUGGAGGCUAAAAGGCCAUCAUUUAAUGAGUUUAGUGAAUUAGGCGGUAUUUCUAUAAGUGACGGAUUUCUUCACACAAAUAUUUUCCAUUACAUAAACUGAAGGAGCACAAAUGUUUAAG